AUGCAGCUGAUAUCUUUAUCAAAUCAGCCGUACCGGCCAUGUUUAUUACUGAAGUGGGCAUCAGCGAGCAUCAUGUUAGAUUGUGCUGUUGAUUUCGAUGCUCUUUCUUCCUUCCUUCCUGCUUCUAUAUGUAAAAGUAAACUUUUCUCAAACUUGCCACAUUAUCCGAAAAAUACAUCCAAACAUUGUCUGAGACGAUGUGGCGAACAUGUUUUGGUGGAUGCACCAUUCGAGGUCCAUCCUGCGCAGAUUUGUUCAACAACUAUGAGUUCUGUUGAUGCAAUUUUGGUGUCGAAUUGGAUGUCUCUUUUGGCAUUGCCAUUUUUCACUGAAGAGACAAAUUUCAAUGGAAUUGUGUAUGCGACUGAUCCAACACUUCAGCUUGGGAGAUUGGUUAUGGAAGAGCUUCUUGAUUUCUUUGAUAGAGUUGAUAGAGAAAAGCAAAACGAUUUUUGGAAAAACCCAUCAUUAUUUAUGAAUUUUUCUAAUACUCCAGGAAGUGAUCCGCGUGAGUGGAGACCGUUUUAUUCUCGGGAACAGAUGGAAAAUAGCUUAACAAAAGUGCAGCGAAUAUCAUUUCGAGAAUCAAUCAACAUACAUGGUGCUGCCGUUGUUGCAGCAUAUUCAAGUGGUUAUUCAAUUGGAUCUUGCAACUGGAUUAUACGUACCGAGCAUGAAAAAAUAGGAUAUUUAUCAGCAACAUCCUCAAGAAAUUCGCAUACCAAGCCAGUUCAGUGGGAUCAACUUCGUAACUGUGAUGCUCUCAUACUCACUUCGAUUUGUCGUUUCCCAGAGCAUAAUCCUGAGACUUCAGUCUGUCAUGCAUUUGCUGUCAUAGCUGAUACACUGAAAAGAAAUGGUUCUGUAUUAAUGCCAAUUUGUCCAACUGGUGUAUUAUACGAUUUACUUGAAGUGAUCUCAGUGCAGCUAGAUCAGCAUGAUGUGUCAGUCGAUGUCCCAGUUUAUUUUAUUUCAUCAGUUGCUGAAAGUACUUUAGCAUACUCCAACAUUUAUGCUGAGUGGUUAUCUGAGAAAAAGCAGAAUAUGAUCAAUGUACCAGAAGAGCCCUUCAAACAUGGAUUAAUGUCGAGGAGUGGUCGUUUAAAAGUGUAUGACAAUAUAUAUGGAGAUUUCUGUCAACUAAUGAAAACCCCGUGUGUAAUUUUCACGGGUCACCCUUCAUUGCGUAUCGGGGAUGCUGUACAUUUUCUCGAAAUGUGGGGAAAUGAUUCAAGAAAUGCAUUAAUCAUGACUGAUCCUGAUUAUCCAAUACAAAACGUUUACGGGCCAUAUGAAACCCUUCCGAUACGUGCUUUUUUUUUUCCUAUUGAAACGAGAUUAGACUUUUCGCAACUCAACCCUUCAAUAUUACCGGAUCUAGCUCCAAAGUUGUUAGUUAUGUCUGAAUUGUAUGCGCAUCCACCACUAAAUUCAUCUCAACGAACAGAUUUCGUUGUUUCAUAUAAAUCGCGAGCUACUUACAAAUACGGUGACACUUUCACAAUACCGUCAACGUUGAAAACGAAACGGGUACGCUUGCAUCCAGAUAUUCUUCGAAGUAUUGAAUUGCGUGGUGAUCAAGACCGCAACGAAUUUGGUCUUUCAUCUCUUAAAGGAGUUCUUUCAGCUUACGAUAAUGUUCUGGAGCUUAACCCAGAUAUAGAAGCUCGUGGUAGAUCAGUGAUGAACAUCAACAUUGGAAAACUUGAUCCAGAUAAAUUUGCACGAAGUUUAUUAAAAAGGAAUUUCGAUUAUAAGCGAGAUGUAGUUGAUGGGAACAUUCGUUUUACCUUUCAUAAUCUCGCUGCUGUCGUAUCUAUUCAGAAAAAUGGAUACCGAACUGUGAUCAGUUCUCCAAAUCCAGAAAGUCGCCGGCAGUUAGCUGAAGUUAUUGCUUCGUGUUUGAAAGUACUUUAA